ACCGGCAGCACGUCUCAGCAGGGACAGAGCAUUUCUCUCGGGUUCUCAGAGAAUACAACCAAAGCUUACUGCUGCUCAGACACAGGGAAACAGGAGACGUGUUUAUAUCCGUAUACUGCUCGAGCAUUUCUCAGAAGGCAAAUUCUACGAAAGGAAUAGCUACCUCUCACCAAAACGUCAGUCAUGAAUGAAAACCGCUUGGCAAUCGACAUUCUGCUCUUGUGUGUAUUCUGUGGAGCAAGUGCACUGGCAGCUUUUAAUCCAACUCUGUCUUCAUCCUUGCCAGCGACCAAUUUCACUGAUAUUGGCUCCGCGCCUCCUAAAUACCUCACCGAGUCUACGAACCUUCCCAAAACCAGACGGAAGCGUUAUAUUUCCCAGAAUGACAUGCAUGCUAUACUUGAUUACCAUAAUAAAGUCAGAGGAAAAGUUUUCCCCCCAGCCUCGAACAUGGAGUAUAUGGUGUGGGAUGACACUCUUGCAAAAACAGCUGAGCAAUGGGCAUCCACGUGUAUUUGGGAGCACGGUCCUCGCAGUCUUCUCAGAUUUUUGGGCCAGAACCUUUCAGUCAGAACAGGAAGGUAUAGGUCCAUUUUGCAGCUGGUGAAGCCCUGGUAUGAAGAAGUGAAAGAUUACUCUUUUCCCUAUCCUCGAGACUGCAAUCCCAGGUGUCCCCUUAAGUGCUAUGGGCCUAUGUGCACUCAUUAUACACAAAUGGUGUGGGCAACCUCAAAUAAAGUAGGAUGUGCCAUCAACACUUGCCAUGAUAUGAAUGUUUGGGGCUCAGUUUGGAAGAGAGCAACAUACUUGGUGUGCAACUAUUCUCCAAAGGGGAACUGGAUUGGUGAGGCUCCAUAUAAAGUAGGUGUUCCUUGCUCCAUGUGCCCUCCAAGCUAUGGAGGAUCAUGCAGUAACAACAUGUGCUUUCCUGCUGUGAACUCAAAUUACCUGCACUGGUUCAAAUAAACACAGACAUACAGAAUGCACAUGCCCCAUCACAGAGACACUCUCCCUGAUGGGAAUUUGCACAACAUUCCUGCAUCACCCUGUUUUGUACAUAUGGGCUAUAUAGGACCAUGUUUGUAAGGCAGCAAGUGUUUUUUUUUUUUUUGUUUUUUUUUUCUUUAAAGAAAUAUGUACAUACAUUAUUUUUCAAUGUUUAUACUAUGUAUUAAUAUUAAUAUUACUUUGUUUAUGGAGUCAUUUAUUGGAAAUACUUUUUAUUUCCUGAGAGGGACUGUACUGUGAUCUAUCAAGACAUCAUUGGUGCUUACAGUUUUCAGAGUAACUGUACUCAGUUAACACGAUGACAGCAUUACACCUAAUUGUCUAGACUCCCAUAAAGCGUUGUUAGCCAGUCUAAUGUUACAAAUUAUCUGUAGUCCCAGACUAGGUGUCCAGAAAACCAACCCUCAAGGUAUUCUGCUUGAUCCAUAGAUAAAGGCAUUGUUGAAUGACUCUGAAAAGUCAACCCUGCUGAAAAGAAGUGUUUAAACCAGCCUAAGCUGGUUUGUUGGUCUUAGCUAGUCUUCCAGCCUGCUCAGGCUGUUCUGUUGGCUGGUUUUAGAAGGGGUUUUGGGCACUUUUCAGCUGAAAGAUCAGCCAGACCAGCUGAAGACCAGUUUAAACCAGCUAUGAUCAUCAAGCCAGUUUAGGCAGGUUUAAGAUAUGUUUUUUAGCAGGGUAUUCUUCAGUACUGACAUUGGGUCAAGCAGUCUGCUUUGUUUCAUGUCAUAAUUUAUUAACCCUUAGGGUUGAAUUUUGGUGCUUUAGAUGAAAUACUGAGCUCUUUUUGAAUAGGGGUGAAACACAACAGUACUUUACUUCUAUGAAUUACUUACUGGCAUCCUCAGUCAUGCUUUGCUUUAGGUCUUCUCUCCUGGAAUGUUUCCAGAUUCUUAAAGCAUUAAGCCCAGAAAAGUGUGUUUGUUGCUUAGAAAUUGUGAAAUGUAGGGGUAAUUUGAAAAACCUCCACAUUUUGCAACCCCAGCAUUUUGUAAGGCAGAGCGUUGAACUGUGCUGUACCCUCAUGGAAUGUUGAGGUGAAUUAAUAUGAAAACAUGUUUGAUAUGUAAUUGCACCUUACAUUUUGUUUUUUGUUUUUUUGUUUUUUUAAAUGUAUUUUUUAUUAGAAGGCUUUUAUUGAUGGUGAUUUUACCUUUUGUACAUACAUUUAUCAUAAAUUGAGCAAUAUGCUCUGUGUACAAUGCAUGCAUAAUAGUGGCACUCUAUUGGGGGAAAUGCACUGCAUUGUGUUGAUUUUACUCAUGUCUUUUUGAACUGCAUCACACAAGCACUUACGAAAUCUAGCAGGCACUACUUUGCAACAAUGUGCAUAUAGAGGAGGUUAUUUAAAGGGUCAUACUUUCUCCUUCUACAGAUUUAGGAUGUUCAACAUGACUUCAGUGUCAUUGUAUGACACUUUAUGUUCAUGAAUUUGAAAAAUUCUCUGAAGGCAAGUUCACACUCAACCGUUGUUGGGUUUUGUUGGAUCAGUGUGUUGACCCUGUUGCCGUUUGUUGAGGCAGUGUGAAAAUGACAGUUAUGUUUCCCAGCAUUGUAAAUCCAGCAGCCAACUUUGAAUCCUGGAAAAGUUUGUUUUUGUUGGACAAUGUGAAAAAAUGUUAAAAAAAAUAUUAUUAUUUUUUUUAAAAUACCAUGACAUAUUAUGGUGCUGGAUUUCAUAAGCAUAAUGUAAAUUUGUAGUUUGCACCUAUUGUUAAGAUGCCAUAUACGUAAAUGGCAUGUAUAUUUCAGUAACAAACUAUUUAUCAUCUGUAAUAAGCUGUACAUAGCCUUUUUUAUACAAAUCUUUUUAAAUGUCUAUUUUAUUAUGAAGCAAGUGUUUAUAUCUGUUAUUUAAACGUGUCAUUUGUGCACCAUUGCAAAGCUAGGCUUAUUAAAUCUUUCUGUUAUUAUCACA